AUGAGAAGAGUCAUUCGUAUGCCAGAUGAAGAUCGAUGCAGGAGGUCAACGGAAGAAUUUAAGAAGAUGUGUGGCUUACCGCAAAUCAUAGCAGCAGUUGAUGGAAGUCACAUUCCGAUUUUACCACCAGAAGAAGGACGCAAAGAUUUUAUGAAUCGAAAAAACUACGGCUCAAUCAUACUUCAAGGAACAGUAGACCACAAUAUUAAGUUUAUACACGUGAGCGUAAAGUUUCCAGGAUCAUGCCAUGAUGCGUUUGCUUUCAAAAAUUCAUCUCUCUUUCUAAGACAUGAUGAACUUAUUCCGGAAAGUAAUUUUCAAUUGAAUAAUGUAAAUAUUCCAUAUAUUAUAGUUGGAGAUCCAGCGUAUCCCCUUCUUCCAUGGCUAAUGAAGGACUUUUACGGUUUAAAUCUACCAGCGGAUAAGGACCAAUUUAACAAAUUUUUAAACAAGGCAAGGGUUACAGUAGAAAUUGCAUUUGGUCGAUUGAAGGGAAGAUGGAGAAUUCUCUUAAAAAGGAGCGACAUAAUUUACACAUUUAUGCCUCAGGUAGUUGCAGCUUGCUGCACAUUACACAAUUUCGUCGAAGAUGAAAAUGAUGAAUUUCAAGUUGAUUGGAUUCCUACUCCUAGAGAAUUAGAAGAUUUUCCUGAACCACCAAGAUAUCAAUCUCACGAGAGGGAUUCCUUGGAUGGAACAACUAUUCGAAACACUUUGCUGACUUAUCUUAUUCAAACAUUUAAUUCAUCUAACUAA